AUGACGCAGCAGCCACCUUCGCAAACCUCACUGUUCCACCUUCGUCACGCCCCACUGUUGCGGGUGUUCAUGCCCUCUAUUGAGAGUGACUGGCUUCCGAAUCCCAGGGGUCACAUGCACUCGGUCAAUAAUCUGAUCCUACACAUCAAUAUUAGUCCUUGGGGAGAGGGGAUUGCUGCAAAUUUGCUGCUGCUGCGAGAUCAGAUCAGAACUGAGACCUGCAUAUCGUUCGGACUCUUAUCGGCUGAUGAGGCCCUCGCGCAUACCACAAGAUGCCUAUUUUCCACGAAUACACAUCCCUGGUAUGGCACUAUUGUUGUGGAGAUGGAGGGGACAAAUGAAGCUCUGGCCGUCCUCCAAGAAUGGUGUGGUCCUGGUGUAUUUCCAUCUUGCCCAGGUUGUAAUGCACAUCGCCCCCUGCUUGGUUUGAGAAUAUGA